UUUAAACGGAGUCGUGUUCGGAUUAAAAUGCCUACCUUUCGUUUUUAAUUUCAAAGUUUUCUCUUUGUCAUCUGAGAAGCAAUAAAAAAUGGUGAACUUGAUAAUCCAAUCAAUCUUCAACCUCAAGUUGGUUUUGAUUAUGCUAACUUUCCUUUUUAUGUCAAGUUCUGAUUUCCUUUCUCAUUACAAAAGUUAGGGUUUACUGUUUCUUUCUUUUUGGGGUUCUUGUUCUUCAAUGUGCAUCACUAAUGUAUACAUUUUUGAUGUUCAAUGUAGAUUAAAUGUGGGAAACUCUGAAGAGGAGUAAUCCCAAAAGAAAGAUGUCUAGGGGAACUACUGAUCUUGGGUUCAGCUGAAAUAAGUAAAAUAUGGUCAAUAUUAUUGGAGCUGAUCGAUUUAACGAACAUCAGCAGUAUGAAAGUGGAUAUUUCACUCUGAAACUCAUCAAAGCUGCUACUCAAAAUUUCAAUCCGGCAAAUAGGAUUUGUCAUUGGAAAAGACUUUACAAGGGAGUUCUUCCAGAUGGGAUGAAAAUUACAGUGAAACAAUUAGAUGAGCGUGAAGAUUAUGUAUUCAAAAACGAAGUGAAGUUUUUAUCAACACUCAGACACCCAAAUAUUGUUAGAUUGCUCGGACAGUGUACGGAGAACAAACAACGGUUACUGGUAUAUGAGUACAUGGAAAACGGCUCCUUGAGUAACGCAUUAUCCGGUGGUAAUGAAAAUUUGAGAAAGAGGCUCAAUUGGCACACCAAAAUGAGGAUAUGCCUUGGAAUAGCAAAUGGUCUUGCAUUCCUACAUCACAAGGAUGAUUCAAAAGCCAUAAUUGUUCACAGAGAUAUUCAGCAUCGAAGUAUCUUUCUUGAUAAAUUUCUUGAUCCCAAGAUAUCUUAUUUCGGUUUAACGAAGCAUUUUGGAGCAGAUGGCACGCACUGCACCACUUCAGUCGGGGGAGCAUAUGCAAUAGGAUAUGAUGCCCCGGAGUAUUUGACUAGAGGUUUAAUUACAGAAAAGGCUGACGUAUUCAGCUUUGGAGUUUCCAUACUUGUACUUUCAACAGAAAAGAAAUCUUUUGAUUUGAAAAGACUCGCCAACGAUGAGGAUCUAUUACUUGUAGACCUGGCCAAGGAUUUACAUCAGAAGGGAGGGCUUCUGUCGCUGAUUGAUGAAGACUUGGCGUCCAGCAAUUCAGUGAAAGAAGCAACCAUGUUGUUGGAAUUGGCAAUGUUAUGUACUAACGAAUCGCCAGAGUUGAGGCCUUCCAUGUCAGAAGUAGUGAGCAUUCUUGAAGGAAACACUACAACAAAGACCCCUCCAGUUGAUCCACUCUAUAUGACAACAAUCAGUUAUGAGGAGGUCAUGUCUGAAAUUGAAAGUGCGAGGAGCAGUUCAUCACAUACAAAGCUGAAGCGUGAUGGGUUUCUUUAUAACCCUAACGAUGAAUGGGAUGGUAAGGGUGGUGAUGGAACUUUACCGUAUCAAGUUGCAUCAAAGGUAAAGGAAGACAACACUCUUCCUGAAGUUCAUAAUGAUGUUGUAUCUGAUUUAAAGGCAUUUUUAAGUGAAGGAGGAGAAGAGAAUGAUAAAGUUGAGUAUGCUAUACCGUCUGUAGAAACACAUGAGCCAUAUGAAACCGCAACUUUUAGUUUAAGGUAUAUUGAGGUUGCGACCAGAAAUUUCAGCCCAGCAAAUAAGAUUGGUCAAGGUUCUUCUGGUUCAGUUUACAAGGGUAUGGUUCCUAAUGGAAGGAUGAUUGCAGUGAAGCAACUGUCCCUGGAAUCUGACCAAGGAAAAGUAGAGUUUUUAAAUGAAGUAAACACUAUAUCUACCUUGAGCCACCCAAAUAUUAUUAGAUUGUUGGGACAUUGUGCAGAAAACGACCAACACUUACUAGUAUACGAAUACAUGGAAAAUGGAUGUCUGAAUAAAGUUUUAUUUGAUUCAGUGAAUUUGAAGAACAAGCUUAGUUGGCCAGCAAGACUUAGAAUUUGCACAGGAAUAGCAAAGGGUCUUGCAUAUCUGCAUUCUGACAACUCCAAAGUGAAGAUUGUUCACAGGGAUAUUAAACUUUCAAAUAUCUUGCUUGAUAAAGAUCUUAAUCCCAGGAUAUCAGAUUUUGGGUUAAUCAUGCAUUACAACAGAGAAAUCUCACAUAUUAAGACUGGUCUUGCAGGAACAGUAGGAUAUAUGGCCCCUGAAUAUGUAAUGCAUGGAACAUUAACUGAGAAAAUAGCUGUAUACAGCUUUGGAAUAGUCACGCUCGAACUCAUGACUGGAAAAAAUAGAAUUCAAUGGAAGACAAAGCAUGAAAGCAUUUCUCUUCUAGAUCUGGCCUGUGAUUUACAAAAAAAGGGAGAUCUUCUAGGGCUAUUUGAUCAAGACGUGAGGAUGAACAUUCCGGUGGGAGAAGCGAAAAUGGUGUUAAAUUUGGCAGUCUUAUGUGCUAGUUAUGAUCCGAAGUCAAGGCCUGCUAUGUCAGAUGUAGUGGACAUUCUGGAAGGAACAUUGACAUGGGUGAAGACACUUUUGUGCAACUCAAACGACACAACAAGAAUGGGCUCUACAAAAAACAUUGAUGACAUAUCAAGCCACAACUCGAGCAGUACCGCAAUGCACUAUGGCAAGGAUGUUUCCUCAAAUGAUGUGUUCGACUGUAAUGAUGGGGUAGCUACAGGUACUUCCUCUAAUGGUGUAUCAGAAGUGGAUGAAUUCGAGAAAGAUAAUGGAUUCCAUGGUGAUUUAAUUUCCAAUGUAAACGUUUCCGUUGGUGAAGUUUGGAAGAGUGAUAUGCCAUUAACCCAAGUGACUAUUACCUCAGCAGAGCCAAUGGGAUUGAAUGUCAAGCCGCAAGCUUCUUCUAUUUCCAAGUACACAUAUAACCAAAAGGGAGUACACAGCAAGCUUGAGUUUUCUGAACCCUCCUUUGAAGAAGGAAAACUCCAUAUUGAAUUUUCUGCUGACGAGUUCAGAGCCGUAUGUGAUGAAUGGGAGAAUUGCUUAGUAGGCUUUUUCGUGGGUGAAGAUGUCCCGUUCAACAUGGACCUAAAAUUUGUUAAAAAUAUCUGGGAAGUGAAAGGAGAUUUUUCUGUGUUCACUAUAGAAAAUGGAUACUUUGUAUUUCAGUUCAGUUGUGUUGAAGAAAAGAUGAGAGUUCUAGAAUCAGCAGACCUCUGGCGAAUAAGACAAAGGCAAUUGAUUCUGAAAGAGUGGGAUUGGAAGUUGAUGGUGAGUGAAAGAAUUGGUAUGGAAUCUCUCCCGAUUUGGGUAAAGAUUUACAACUUACCCCUCUUCUUUUGGACUCCUGCUGUUCUCAGUAAGGUUGGGAGUGGACUAGGGACUCCUCUGUAUGCUUUGUAUAGAAUUUGAUGCUAAUAAGCCAUUGCCAGAUUCUUUGCGAAUUCUAGUGAAAGGAAUGGAGUAUCAUCUGAACUUGGAAUAUGACUGGAGACCCUUAAGGUGUGAAAACUGCUGCACUUUCGGUCACAUAGCUUGUAAGCCGAAGAUGAAGGCUAAGAAACAAAACUAGGUUCAAACUUGUUGCUUGAACUCAUUGUUGGAAAACUAAGAUGAGCCCAGGAAGGUUUUGAGCAGCUUUUCUAAUUUCAAUCUCAGUUGUUGCUUGACACAGCUCUCAAAAUUAGUCACAAUUACAUCAACAGAUCUGUAAGAUUUGACAUUAGCACCCCACCACAUAGUCUAUUAUGAAGAAGGGUGUGUGCUCUGAGGGUGUCAUUGGUUGUAUAUGGGCAGGCAUUACUUUUAGGUUACUUCUAGGAAGUUGGCAUGUAGAUGUUUUAGCUAGAACAAGACUGUGUACUAGUUUGGAUGAUGUCUUUUGUAAUUUUCCACCUCUUUGGAAAAAAAACAAAGGAAUCCAUCUCAACAUGAUCUAUCCAUUUUAACUUUUUUCGUCCCCAUUAUGCAUUAUGCACCAUGUGAUAUCUCAUUUCAGCCGUUGAUGAUCUAUUAUAAAAGUUGAAAAGCUAUCUCAACCCUGGAUGUAUAGUUCCAUUUGGUUUAGUUUUCCUGACACUCUACUGCAAGCUUUAAAAGGCUUUGUUGCAGGUUUGGUGGUAGAUGGUGGAUGAGACUUGAUCACAAGAAAAUUGAGAAUGGGUGUUUUUCUUGCUCUACUACUUGUGUUCACCUUGUUGUCUGUAACCCAAUCUAAGAGUAGCACACCAGCACACAACGUUUUCUCUGUCACUGACUACGGCGCAGUUGGUGAUGGAAAAAAUUACGAGACACAACAAAUUCAGGCGGCAAUAGAUGCAUGUCAUGAUGCUGGUGGUGGUACUGUAAGAUUUCCGAGAAGCAGAUAUUUAGUUGGGACACUUUUUCUGAAAUCUGGAGUGGUAUUAAACUUGGGUAACGCUAGGAUUCAUGGUGGGACGAAGAUGGAGGAUUAUCCGGCAGACCCGCGCAGAUGGUAUGUCAUAUUGGCCGAGAACGCUACAAAUGUUGGCAUCACAGGGGGGACGGUUAAUGGUCAAGGAAGAAAGUUCAUUGAAAAAUUUGAUAAGAAGGCGAGUGUGAUGAAGAGUUGGAACACAACAGGUGUGUGUCACGGUGAUAAAUGCAGGCCGAGGCUCGCUGGAUUUUUUGAUUGCAAGAAUGUCAACAUUUCUGCUGUUACACUCAGAAUUCCGGCUAUUUCAAACUUACACAUAGUACGGUGUGAAAACACAUUUCUUGAUGGUGUAACCUUAGCAAGUCAUUUCUAUAUCCCGCACAACCAUGGAAUACAUGUAGUGGAUUCAAAUAACACUCUCAUGAAUGAUCUCUUUAUCGACAACGGAGGCAAUGCCAUCACUGUGAAGACAGUCAAAGGUCCCGUUUUUAACUUAACAGUGACAAAGUCUUGGCUGAGGACUAAAUUAUCAGCUAUCAAAUUUGGAAGCGGUAGUAGGUUCGAUUUCAAAGGUAUCAAGUUUCACAACAUAGACAUUAACGACUGUCAUCGAGGAAUCACAAUGCAAUUACAUGAAGGAGCUCACUCUGAGAAGGGAGUCGUCUUAUCUGGUGGUUCGGGACGAAAUAUCAAGUUCAUGAAUGUCAAUCUUACCUACUAUAGUGCAAACUUGACAGAUAACGCUCAAGUCGACAACGGAUCAGGUGGGUGCGGCCGAGACCAAAACAAACAAGCUUCAGCAGGGAUGAGAUUGGAGCACAUUGAUGGUUUACUGAUUGAGAAUAUGAUUAUGAGAUGGAUAAAUAUCGCCCGUUUGGAAAGUGCGUGGAAGAACGUCAACACUUUCGACUUUCAACCCUCCACAGUGAAUAAUAUUUCUAUCCAUGGCUUUAGUUCUUCCUACUCAGAGUAGCUGCGCAGUCAGUUUGUUGUUUUGUCUAGCAGUAAUUCGUAGUAGCUGUAAUAAGCAUAAAUCUUGGGAUGGACUGUGCUCUCCUAAUACACCCAAGUGCCAAAAACAGUGUAUUAGCAGCUACUCUUGGGUUCCCAGCUUGUGCCAUUAGGCACCAGACUUUAGUCAUCUCAUUCUCUUAUCGAU